AUGACAUCGAUAAAAUUAAUAAUUACUGUUGGUUUGCUGUGCCUGAAUAUUUGUGAAAUAUUUGGACAUGGUUAUAUGAGUAAUCCACCAAGUCGAAGUAGUGCAUGGAAAAAAGGUUUUAAAACUCCAAUUAAUUGGGAUGACAAUGGUCUCUACUGUGGAGGACUCACUACACAAUUUUCAAUAAACAAAGGAAAAUGUGGUUUAUGCGGUGACGAUUACAGAAUGAAAACACCAAGAUCAAAUGAAAACGGUGGAAAAUUUGGACUUGGAGUUAUUGUUGCGACAUAUAAUGAAUCACAAGAAAUUAAUGUUACCAUUGUCAUAUCAGCAAAUCACUUGGGAACAUUUGAAUUUUCAUUGUGUCCAUUGGAGGAUGAAAAAUCCAUUGAAACUGAAGAAUGUUUUGAUAAAUAUCCACUUAAAUUAUCAACUGGCGAAGAUAAAUAUACAUUGACAAGUAAAAAAAGAGGCUUGUAUGAAAUUUCACUUGUUUUACCAGAGGGUUUGUCUUGUGAUCAUUGCACAAUGAGAUGGCACUGGAGAUCAGCUAAUAAUUGGGGAACUUGUGCUGAUAAAAAAAAACAAGCCAUGGGCUGUGGAGCUCAAGAAACAUUCCGCAAUUGUGCUGACAUUAAAAUUGUCAAACAAGCAUCAGUUGAAAUUUAA